GCCGCCGGGGAGCCGCGGCCGAGGCGCAUGGAGACAGCGACCGCCGCCGCGGGCUGGGUUCUUUUCUUCCAUCUCCCUCUCAUCUCUGCGAGCUCCAUCCGCAUUGGGAUAGGCAGCAACUCCAGCCUCUAUGAGCAAAGCAUUCUGCCAUGUAAGAAGGAAGAACUGCAGUGUGGCACCGGGCUCUGCCUCUCCAACUGGCUGCGCUGCCGCUACAGGAAGGACUGCGGCCGGGACUACAUGUCCAUCCAGCUGACGUGCUCCAAAGUCCACCUGAACCAGAGCAGCCCGACCAGUGAGCUCCCCAGCUACAGUGAGAAUGGCAGUGAUGCCAGUUUACUUGUUUCUCCCCUUCUGGUGGCUGGAGUAGUGAUUGGACUUGUGCUGUUUCUGUCCUGUGUCACCAUCAUUGUUGGCAGUCUGCGGAAGGAUGGACGGCUGAGACACCCGCACCAGAGGAGAGACACUGCUUAUGCUCCAGAUGGCUUCUCUUACAGCGGCUCUUUUGGAGAACUGAGAUCCACCUGCAUGGAGGAGUUUCCCCCAGGUUUUGAUUUUGGUUCCUAUCUGGAUACACUUUCUCAGGUCAACAUCAUGUAUCCCGAUUCACCUCCACGCUACGAUGAAUGCGUGGGGCCAGGAGCAACGCAAAUAUAUAUUCCCACAGAUGAUCCCCCCCCAUAUUCCCUUACAGACCCCUGUCAAAGAAGUGAAAUACCUACAAACAUCAGCCUGGAGGAGCAGGAAGAAGCGGCAGGGACUGCAGGGCAGGCAGCACACCACGCCACCAGGCUACAGGGCUGGCAGCAGCCCACCCCAUCUAUCUCUCUGUCGCCGCUCCCCACAGAGGCUGCUCCCCGGUAUGAAGCCGUGGUGUGUGAGCACAACAUCCCCAUCCCGCUGGUGCCAGUGGAAGUACUGAAAAACUCUCCCGCUGACUAUCAGACCAUUCUGAGCCAAAUCCUGUGAAUAAAAGGGGUUUUCUCCUUCCGUCUUUCUGAAGAACUCGGACUGACAAAAAGAACACAUUUAAAUGGGAGAAUUAAACCUCUUAAAGUUUUACCUAUUUUAUAUCUUUACUAAGGGACCUAAUGGGAUUGUUUUUUAUUUUUUACAGUGAAUUUUGAAAGUUUACCUAAACUUCCCUCUUUGUGCUUCAAAGCGUUCCAUGGCGUCACGUAGCACAGAACAGCAGCAGUGAGGAGCAGUGCGUUGGCCUUCCUGAAGCAUCUCAGAUCUCACUGACAUUGCCACUCAAUGUAUAUACAUGUUAUCCAGUCAAGCUCACUCCUCGAUUUGAUGAUAAUUUGCAUGCUUUAGAGCAGAAGGAAGGAGAAGAGCAUUUCUCGUCUUUGUAGGUGUCAGUAGUACACUUUAUCCAAUGUCUUGGCAACAAACCAUCUUUUAAAAAUUCUUUUUCUAAAUACGUAUUCCCACAGACAGAAACAGAACACAGCCUGCAAAACACGAUUAUCAGCACCAUACAGAAGCCAAAUAAAAAAGAGGCAUCUUUUGAUACCCGUGCUUUUCCCUCAGAUACCCCAGCCAGUUCCAAAACCUGCUGUAAACCUCUCACAAAGUCAGGAGCAAGCAGCAGGAGGGUAGCAGCAGCUGCCCCAACACCGGCUGCCAUGCCAAGGGCACUGUGCCCAGCUGUGUGAGGGCCCAGGGCUGCACACCCCUCACUUGGCACAGGUGGAGGACAGCACCUGGAACCCCAGCAGCUGCUCCACGCUGGUUCCCAUCCAGCAUGCCUACGUUGUCAGGCACUUCAGUUGCGAGCCUGUAGGAUAAAGAAAGGACCUCCAGUAACUGAAGAAGCGUGAGGUAAAUAGUAGAUGCUGGCUGUGGCACACACAGUAACAGAGAACCUCCCUGUGUACAGAAACUCCUCAUAUUAGACAUGACCCUCCUCACUGACAUUUUGCUAUUCACAUUAGCCCCAGUUCAUAGGCUUGGGCUUCUCAUGUGCUCAUCUGAUGAACGUGUGGAGGUGGGGACGAGUGCUCACGGGAGCAGCAGAAGGAAACCACAGAAAUGAGUUUCAUCUUUCAUGGUGCAUACAGUCUCUGCUUAAGGACCUCAACCAAGCACUCAACACAGUUAUCAGAAGUGCAUCUGCGUUACAUCUCUUAGAGAUAUUUUCACUGAAAAAUGUGGAAUUUUUACAUUGAUAAAAUGAACUUCAGGUUAUUACCCCCACUAAGGAUAAGUAAAAAGGAGUAUAAAUAAACAUAUAACUGUAUUUAACUGCAAGCAUCAUUCAAAUUAUUAAAAUUACAUUUCAAUUUUCUGUAAAUACUAAAUAAUUUCCAACAGUAAUCAUUACUCAACACUCCAAAGAUCGAUGCAAAUAUAAUUAAUAUAUAGAUGGGAAGUAAUCAUUUGGUUCUUACUGCUCUGUAAAUCAUACCAUUGCUGAGUCAUAUGCACAUGAUGGAAUCAGAUAAGUAUGCAUUUUUUUCUAAGCAGAUAACAGUAAAUAUGUAUUUUGCUAAAAAACAGAAAGCUUUUGCAGAUCUCUGAAGUUUUCAAUGUAUUAUACCCAAAACAACAAAAACUCACAGUUUUGCAUUGCAAAGUAAGCUGGUGGGCACUGCAGAAUUUAGACUACAUUCAGUACUUGUAUCUUUAAUGGACAGAGCUACUCUUCUGCAUGAAGUACCAGCAGAGGCAGUUCUGUGGCACACAAAGUACCGCGCAAUUGGAGACAGAACUCUGCACUGUCAAUCAGGGCCAGAAGAGAAAACCAACACAGAUGUUUAGCAGCCAGCUUUAUUGGCAGGAAGAUAAGAAGUGAAGGAAAGCACAGAGGUUUACGUAGAACAGGGCAUGUAAUGGGGACAGACCAGAACUGUGGGCUGAUGCUGGGGGCUGGAGAGGGAAUCCAGCAAGUAUCAGAAGGUAAAUGGGACUUUGGUUUUUGAAUGUGCCUCUUUGCUACCUGUACAGCAAAGCUGGGGGCGCUGCUGAAGACCAGCCAUUCACAAGUGUCUGCUCUGUUAUACAGAUGCUUCCAGUUUCUGUGUACUGUGGGCAGUGCUUCUGCCUGGCUGUUAACCCGACAUGGAUUUCAGGCCCUGCCACUACCUUUAUGUCAGAGGAAAAUAAUAAUUUGAUUUUACAGAAUAAAUCAAUUUUAAGCAGACCUCUGAAGAAAAUGGCAGAUUUCUAUUUCGCCUCACAGUAGAAAUACUGUACUAAAAUUAGAGCAGAUUGAAUCCAACCUUUCCCCAGGUGAGGACAGGCGCAGCGCCGCCCUGCAGCCACACAGCACAGAGCGCACAGCGGGACUCAGCCACCCCAUCACCAACCAAAGCACUCCGUAGUUCGGAUCCCUGAUAGAGCCCAGCAAAACAGACAGAGCACCUCAGAGUACAGGUCAGCUCCCAAUAAACCCAGAAGAAAUUCACAGCCCCUUAUCAGACUUUACACUCUGGUAUCAUUAUAACAGCAAUCCUAAAGCCAAGCUGAACAUAGGCCUCCUGUUUAUUACAUGAUUAAUAGGAGAACGCAGACUGUUUGGAGAUGCUGUUUCUUGCCUACAAGACAACAACGCUGUAUUUCUGUAGUCAUCUCUUCUGCUUUGAUUUUUGGUAUAUGGAUCUUUGCAUACAACUUUUAUUAAAGAACAUACACUCA